CAAAUGGAAUCAAGAGCGUCGGAGUAAAAGCAACUGGACCCGUACAAAUCAUAUCAGCGCAAAGUAAACAGCACAGUCUCUGCCUGCUGCAUCUUAUUUGGAAAGUGCAAGCUAACCGGACGCAUUGACAACUUGGAGUUAUCGUUCAUUUUUCUGUGACAUUUGGGAUUUACUUGUCUGUUUGUGCAAGACAUGACCUGCAAAAGAAGAUAAAAAAAAGUGCAUCAACGUUUUGACCGAAGAUUUCACCUCUUCAUAUUGAGUUAGUUGUAGUUUACAUGACUUCUUGAGCAAACCGACCCGUGGACGUGUAACAUCUCGUAGAAGAUCUUCACCACCAUGGGGCGACUUGUGAUAGCUGCCAUCCUCUGUGCCAUGCUAAGCCAGAUUUUAUGCUCUGGGGUUUUUGAGUUGAAUUUACAAGAGUUUCUUAAUAAGAAAGGAAUAACAGCCAACACUAACUGCUGUAAAGGAGGAUCCUCACCAGGGAUUCAACAGUGUGAAUGCAAAACCUUUUUUAAGAUCUGCCUGAAGCAUUACCAGGCGAACGUGUCCCCGGAGCCUCCGUGCACGUAUGGAGGAAUUAUCACCCCUGUUCUCGGGUCAAACUCAUUCCAAGUUCCUGAGCUAGUUUCAGAAAGCACCUUCACCAACCCAAUCCGCUUCCCUUUUGGAUUUACCUGGCCGGGGACGUUUUCACUAAUUAUUGAGGCACUACAUACAGACUCUGCUGAGGAUUUAUCAACCGAAAACCCAGAGCGUUUGAUCAGCCGUGUGACCACCCAGAGGCACUUGACAGUGGGAGAAGAAUGGUCUCAAGAUCUACAAGUGUCUGGGAGAACAGAGCUGAAGUACUCGUACAGAUUCGUAUGUGAUGAGCAUUACUAUGGAGAAGGAUGCUCGGUGUUUUGCCGUCCGCGAGACGACACCUUCGGCCACUUCACGUGCGGAGAGCGCGGGGAGAUCAUCUGUAAUUCCGGAUGGAAAGGACAAUACUGCACAGAGCCAAUCUGUCUCCCAGGGUGUGAUGAGGAGCAUGGAUUUUGUGACAAACCUGGUGAAUGCAAAUGCAGGGUUGGCUUCAGUGGAAAAUACUGUGAUGACUGUAUCCGCUAUCCUGGUUGCUUACAUGGUACCUGCCAGCAGCCAUGGCAGUGCAACUGUCAAGAGGGAUGGGGUGGCCUCUUCUGCAACCAAGAUCUUAAUUACUGCACACACCACAAACCAUGCCAGAAUGGAGCCACUUGCACUAACACUGGUCAAGGCAGCUACACAUGUACCUGUAAGCCUGGUUUCACUGGGGCAAGCUGUGAGAUUGAGGUUAAUGAGUGCUCUGAGAGCCCCUGCAGAAACGGAGGAAGCUGCACUGAUCUUGAGAAUACAUAUAGCUGUGCCUGUCCUCCUGGCUUCUAUGGAAGAAACUGUGAGCUGAGUGCCAUGACUUGUGCUGAUGGACCCUGCUUUAAUGGUGGACGGUGUGCCGACAAUCCCGACGGAGGAUACUUCUGUCAGUGUCCCACAGGCUAUGCUGGCUUUAACUGCGAAAAGAAGAUUGAUCAUUGUAGUUCAAAUCCAUGCUCAAAUGGUGCUCAGUGUCUAGACCUUGUGGACUCCUAUCUCUGUCAAUGUCCAGAGGGGUUUACAGGCACACACUGUGAUGACAAUAUUGAUGAGUGUGCUGCCUACCCCUGUAAGAACGGAGGAACAUGCCAAGAUGGAGUCAACGACUACAUCUGUACCUGCCCACCUGGAUACACUGGCAAGAACUGCAGCCUGCCUUUCAACAAGUGUGCACAUAACCCUUGCCACAAUGGAGCUACAUGUCAUGAAAGGGAUAAUCGCUAUGUGUGUGCCUGCAUUCCUGGGUACGGAGGACGUAACUGCCAGUUCUUGCUCCCUGAAAACCCUCAAGGACUGCCUGUUGUAGAGGAAGCCGAUAAGAGGUACUCUGACGAUGAGGAGGAUAACGAAUUCCCAUGGACAGCAGUCUGUGCUGGUAUUAUUUUGGUGCUCCUGCUCCUGCUUGGGUGUGCUGUUCUGGUUGUCUACAUCCGCAUAAAACUGCAGCAGAGAAGCCAGCAAGCCGAUAGUCACAUUGAAAGUGAAACCAUGAACAACCUGACCAACAAUUGCAGUCGAGAGAAGGAUCUGACCGUCAGCAUUAUAGGCACUACGCAGGUGAAGAAUACCAACAAGAAGGUGGACUUUCAGAGUGAUUCCACGGGUGGAGAAAAGAAAGCUUACCGGUCCCGCUAUUCAUUAGUGGAUUACAAUCUUGUUCAUGAGCUUAAGCAGGAGGACUUUGGAAAAGAGGACUUGGAAAAAAAUGAUGUAAAAUGUGAGGGUCUUGACUCUGACUCAGAAGAAAGACACAGAAAACAUUUAAAAAGUGAGACAUCAGAGAAAAGUCCAGAAGCUGCAUGCAAAGACACAAAGUACCAGUCCGUCUUUGUAAUAUCAGAUGAAAAGGAUGAAUGUAUUAUUGCAACUGAGGUAUAAUGCCACAACAGAGCUGUAGCUCGUCUUGCUCUACAGGAGGUUUUACUCCAGUAUUUGCUGCUCAAACCAGAGGGAAGGUUUCCUUCUUAUGACUGCUGCUGUGGGUCUUAUGUUCAUGGUGAAUUUCAGAGUGAGCUGGUUCUCAACUGAAGUAAGCACAGUGACUGCAGAAAAAGGAUGUUGAGCCAUACUGGCUCGCACGCUCAAAGUUUAUUCCCAGGAAUGUGGCAGAUGGACUUGUUGCACUACCUGUAGGGAUUAUUUUUUACCUCAUUGCACUAUGGA